UCCAGACCACAGAAAGCGAACGUAUCUAUUUAAAGGGCGGAAAGUCUGGCGUUACACGGGUAAAAAACUAGACAGAGGGUUUCCAAAACAGAUGAGCAAAAAAGACCUUCCCUACAAGCCGAAUGCAGCAUAUAUCCACAAGAACCAGUUUGCAGACUAUCAGUUGUAUAUGUUCGGGGGCAAGUAUUUCUGGGAGUUAAAUCUGUAUACAGACGGAAUUACCAAUGGUGUCAUGAAGAUUAAGACAUACUGGGAUUAUGUACCAACAAAGCCAGAUGCCAUGCUACAAACUAAGGACGGUCUUAUUUACGUUUUCAAAGGCAAAUAUUACAACAAAUACGAUCAUAGACGGGUACUUCUAGAAAAGAAGAGACUGAUAGCACGUGAUCUUCUUGGAGCAGAAUGUCUAUAAAUAGAACAUAGCCACAGAUUUCCGUGCUUGAUGAAAUAGUGAUAAGAUGGUGAAACUAUAAGUUAUGACUUCAAAAUGUAACUUUCAUGUAUUCUUGGUAAACGUGUCAUAGUUGUGUACCAACACGAGUAUGUACCAACAUGAUCAUACUCGUGCUGCAGCAUAAUUAUCAUCAUACACAAACACGAUGUUGUGUACCGACAUGAGCAUAUUAGAGAUCAAACACGAUCAUACCUGUGUAUUAACUUGAUCGUACUCGUUCUCCAACACGAUCAUACCUGUGUGCCAACAUGA